AGGUUAUGUUCAAAGGAGGUGAUUAUAAAAUACAUGCAUGUCUUGUUGCAAGAUAUGACAAACAACUUGCAGGGUUUUUAAAAUAAAAAAGCUAGGAUUUAGAAACUUCAUGUAACCUUCUUUACAACAAAGACCUCAGUAGAUUGUGUCCUCAAGAGUCAACAAGAGCAAGAGGGUCUCCAUUUCCCACACGUACAGUCUGUGUAUGGGCUGUACGCAUUUUAUAUUUCUAAUGGAUGAAAUUACCACGUAGGCAUAUUUUGAACCCUAGAUUCCUACUAUAAAUACUGCAAUGCAGUCUCACUAGGCCAUCACUUUCAGCACAUCAAAGACCAUACAUAUUUUAAUUGUUGUUAGCUUGUUGAAAAUGAAGCUUCUUUUCUUCACUUUGUUUCUUCUUUCCUUGAUUUUCAGCUCUUCUUUUACUACACUGGCUGCAGCUAAACCACCUCCAACUGGACCUGCCCCAACGCCAACGCCAAUCCCAGCUUCUUGCGGUGCACUGUGCAAGGCAAGGUGUGCAAAAGCAGGCAUACAGAAGCGUUGCUUGAACUUCUGCGGCAUAUGCUGCAGCAAGUGCAACUGUGUUCCUUCAGGAACGUAUGGUAACAAGUCAGAGUGCCCCUGUUACAGAGACAUGCUCAACUCCAAGGGCAAACCCAAGUGCCCUUAAAAUCUCCCUAAUUUAUUGUUUCCAUUAGAAAACAUUCAAUUACAUGCACUUGGAAUGAUGUUUAAAACUUUGUUUUGAGCACACAUUGUAAUGAAAUAAUUUGAGUAGUUUUCAACUACUUGUCAUGGAGAAACGGUUUCGUGUUUCUGAGCU